AAAAAGCGGAAAUAAGCUUCCGUGACUUAAGCUCGUCCCUCCGGCAACUCUGUUCCCCCUUCAAUGGUUCCGCUUGGACCUGUCAGAAAGCGAAAGCACAGAGUCAAGACUACGUUGUUGCCGGAUAUCACGGUUAUGUGAUUUAGGACUACUCAUUGGGCCCGUUUGAACAGUCAUGGAAGACUCACCAGACCCAGCUGCCCACCCCCGACAAGAAGAACCAGCAGCAGACAGCGAUCAGCCUGAGAAGACCGUCCUUCCGGCUGAUGGGUGCAGUAAAGGCGAGUUGGACGAGCCACAUGUGGAGAACGGGGCACUUGACCUUGAUGGUUCUGCUGCUGAUCAUGAUUGCACGGGAGCACAGCAAGAUGAGGAGCCAACAACGAAAGAAGAUUCUGGUGCUGGGGAGGACCAACCAGAGGAUGACGAGAAGGCACCAGAAGACACCACAGCAGCAACAGAGUCCAACACAAACCCUGAUCAUAUAGACGGUCCUGUUGAAAGUCUCCAAGAAGACCAGCUGGUCCUUAACACAAACUGUGAUGACCAAAAAGGAUCAGAAUCCAGAAUUCAGGACCCUGUGGAAGAGGAGGACCCAGAGGUGCCACGGAAAGCCUCAAUGGAGAUUCUGAAGGAUGUUGAUCGGAGGAAUAAGGUGGAGACCAUUGGCCCAGCCACUUGGGAAAGUGCUGACUCAGGAGUUACUGGAAUUCUUGGAGGAAGAAGAUACCUGAUGGGCAUCGGUGUAGUGUUGGUACUCGUUGCCGUGGUGGUGCAGCGCAUACUCCGACCCGAACCUCCGCCUCCAAGCGCCAUGCCUCCCUUCGCCGUCUUCUUGAGGCAGCUUGAAAGAGUCGAGUCCCGCUUCCCCGGCCAGCGCCCCGAGCUGUGGACCCGCAGCCGGAUCCACCUGAAGAGGCACCUCCUGACGGAACGGCCCAGCCAACCCGUCAGUCUGAUCCUGACGGCGGGGGCGUCAGGCCGCCGAACGCUGCGAUGCCUGGCCCGCGACCUGGGCUCCGCCUUCUCCUCCGCCCUCAACGGCUCCGUGCUGCACAUCGACGGUGCCAGCAAAGCCGGCGUGGACAGCGACCGGGUCAAACUGGACAUCGACGGCCAGCUGCAGGUGGCCUUCGAAGGGGACAAACCCGUGGCGGUGAUUCAUCACUUCGAGCAGCUUCCCCCGGGCUCCACGCUCAUCUUCUAUCGCUACUGCGACCACGAGAACGCGGCCUACAAGAAGACGUUCCUCAUCUUCACCGUGCUGCUGGAGGGAGAGGAGGAGAUACCCGCCGGGAUUCCUUUGAGCGCCGUGGAGGAGAUGGUGGACGACCACCUCCAGAGCAAGUUCCUCUCGCAUGGUCGUCCCCUGGCCUUCGACAGGAUGGACCUGGACAAGUACAGCGGACUGUGGAGCCGCAUUUCGCACCUCAUCCUUCCGGUUGCCGCCGAGGCGUGGACGGAGCAUGAAAGCUGCUCGUGAACUUUCAGAUUUUUUACAGGGUUGCUGAAAAGAUGACACUUUAUAGAUGAUGAUUAAGUCCAAGGCUGAUGAAGGAUUUAAAAAAAAAAAAUUUUUUAACAAAGGUUUUAACCGUUUCCAGAACAUAUUUUUCUUAAAAAAACUCAUCGUAGAAAUCAGUUAUAAAUAUCUUUAAGAAACAAUCUUGUUAAUGAACAACUUCACUGCUCUGAAUAACUUAACACAAACAACUAAUGAAAAUUCUGUUUGAUUCUGGUGUGGAUGCUAGAAUCAAAUUCUGGACACUAUAGCGCGAAAUGUAAUUUAUUAUCUAAUGCAUCAAGAUACAAAUAAAAGUCUUAUACAGCCCAAAAUUGACAUUUUACCAUUGAGUUUUUUUUUUUUUUUAAUUAUCACUAUUUUUAUCCGCUCAGAACAAAUGCAAACCUAAACCAAGGAGCUCCAUGCAAAAUGAAUGUAUUAUUUUACAAUUUUUAAAAAGGGUAUUUAUGAUUUGUGUUUUAUUCUCUCAUAACUUUUGACUGCUUUCAGCAUGGUGUCUUUUUUUUUUUUUUUUUGCAAUUCCCAACCUUCCAACAUGACAGUGUAACCUUAACCAAACUUUCUAUCAUACUCCAGGAAAAGAGUACUGUACUGCUUCAUACUGUUCAUGUGCCUUAUAUCGAAUAAAGACGAAAGAUUUGA